GCAUUCUUUUUGUUUGUAUCAUAUGUCAUUUAGUAAACAAUACAAGUCGAAUGUUGCAGCCGUUCUCAGCAAUGGAUGGCGUCCCGCUAGUACUGCUAUCAAACAACUGAUUGUACGAAAUGAAUCCGUAGAUAUGACACAGAUAUAUGAUUAAAGUUAAGGGUCAGUUAUAAUAAUUUGAGAAUAAGACUUUUCCUCUAUAAUUAUUUUUGCCUUCUUGAGAAUUUGAACAGUAGUGCUUGGUUUUUAAAGUAUAAAAAAAUGUUUUGAGUGUUUUUGUACAAGUGUCCUAUAUGAGAACUCUUUGUGGAAACAACGAGGUAGAUAAAAGGAAAAGUAGUGUACUAAGGAUGAAGUAUUCUCAAUUUGUCAAUACAUAUAUUCAUUUGGAAAGGUGAUCACAAAAAUGAUUUUGAAUGAUAAUUACCUGUUCUGGUUUGUGUGUGUUCUAAAUGGCUUCAAAGUAGAUGCAGUGUCUGUUUCCUAUCAUUGUGACAGAGGAUGGGACAAAUUUGAAGAUAAAUGCUACAGACUGUUUCGUGAAUCCAAGAACUGGCAUCAAGCUCGUGAUAGCUGUAGAGCCCAUGGAUCAACUCUACCGAUAGUGUCAAAUGGAAGAAUCCAAUCAUUCAUUGUCCAAAAAUACGGGCAUCUAUUGGGUCCACUUGGAGUGUAUUUGGCGGGAACUGAUGUUAAGAGAGAAGGAACGUGGGAAUGGGUUGAUGGGGAGGAACAGUUUUCUUUCUCUACCUGGCAAAAAGGAGAACCAAGCAAUGAUGGUGGAUAUGGUCAUUGUUUACAUAUGUGGAAGACUUACCAAUUUAAUUGGAACGAUGUAAAUUGCCAGCGUUCGAUUUCUAAUUACUUAUGCUCAAAAACAGGUAGACUGUCUGGAGGUAUAUCUUCUCUGACGUGUGGCUGUGGAGCAUCUGUCUGUCAAAUUGGUUCAGUGUCUGGAAGAACGAGUAAGACGUUUAAAUUUCAAUAUUAUAACAAAAUGCCAAGUUUCUAUGCUGUGACAUUUUGAAAAAGAUACAGUUGGAUGGAAAUGAAUUGUUUA